AUGGGUUUGGCAGGUACAAAAGUGAAGCAAAGAUUCGGUCUAGAUCCAAGGAAUACCGCAUGGUCCAACAAUACAGAGAGAUUUGGUCAUCAGUAUUUAGAGAAGAUGGGGUGGACGCCAGGAAAGGGUUUGGGUCUAGUAAACCAUGCAACCACUACGCAUGUAAAAGUCUCGAUCAAAAUGGAUAAUGCUGGUCUUGGAGCCAAAUUAGCAAAAAAGACAAAGAAAGAUGAAUUUGAUAGUGGAGAAUGUGCCGGUCUCGACGUCUUCCAAAGAAUAUUGGGCAGAUUGAAUGGAAAAGAAGAGCAGGUCAAUAAUGAGUUAGAGAGAAAGAGAAUUGACAAUUUCGUUAAUGGAAAAUGGGGUAUGCACUUUAUUCGUGGAGAAACUUUGAAGAGUACGUGGGAUGCCGAUUGUAAAAAGCUUGUGGGAGGAAGCGCCACAGGUACGAAGAGAAGACCAUCGAUGAGUGAAGAAAGCCCCAGUAAGAAACGAAAAGCUGGAACUGAUCUAGAUGUGAAGAAGAAGGAGAAGAAAGAGAAGAAAGAGAAGAAGGAAAAGAAGGAAAAGAAGGAAAAGAAGGAAAAGAAGGAAAAGAAGGAAAAGAAGGAAAAGAAGGAAAAGAAGGAAAAGAAAGAGAAGAAAGAGAAGAAAGAGAAGAAAGAGAAGAAAGAGAAGAAGGAGAAGAAAGAGAAGAAGGAGAAGAAGGAGAAGAAACAGAAUUUGGUAGCUACCGAAGAGGUCACCAAGGCUAGCAUGCUCCAACCUAGAGACAACAAAGAUAAGGAGAUCGCAACUCGUCUUUCUGCGAGAGCUAAAUGGAUCCGGCAAAAGCGGGCAUCUGUGAUGGAUGCAAAGGCACUUAAUGAAAUCUUCAUGGUUACGAAGUAA